AUGGCCCUCACCAUGACUCCCACUCGCCAGCCCUUGGGCUGUUUGGACUCGCCACACAUGCGUCCGAUGAUUCGAUCGAAGCUGAAUCGUCAGAACCAACAAAAUGUCCUGUCCCUCAAGGGCAUCAACAACAUCUUCGUCGACUCGGAAAACAUCGAACCAAGCUCGACAAAGCGCAAGCGAACACUAGAGGAUGAUGAGGAAAACACCAAACCCAAAGCAUCCCGCGUCACUCUCUCCACCCGCAUUCCAUCUCGCACCUCAACACCCAAGCCCGUGCAAUCCUCCACCCCCAAGUCAGCACCCAUCAAACCAGCCGGUCGCUCUCCGCCGCCCAAGUCGAGCAAGUCAGCUAGCCGUCGCUCAAUCACCAAGCCGAGAGAUUUGAACAAGCGCGGUGUUGCUCGUCCAUUCUCCCUCGCUUCUGCCCUUGUCCAGAGCAAGAGUAAGCCCAAGCCUAAGCCCAAGACUCCGGAAGCAUGGUGCUUUGAUAUUCACGUCGACACGGAGGAAGAGGAGAUGACCAACCUGAUGCAACACUCCACCACGGUUCUGGAUAUCAGCGAUGACGAAGGAAAGCCGACCGAUCGCCGCGGGAAGGAGAACGUGCCCCCGAAUGAACUGGGUCUCGAAAUUCCCAGCGCGACUCAGUCCACCACGGCCAGUGCCAACGCCACAGCUGCACGCAAGUCUGUCGUGGAUCGUGCGCCCCUGGGUGACCUCAACGCAUCGGAAUACUAUGCCGACGACCUUAAUGCGUUCUCAUUCGCAGUCGUCUAUGAAGACGAGCCUGAGUUCAAGAAGCCUUGCUCCCCUCUUUCGCAGAGCGAGGACGCUCUAGCUCUAGCUUCGGUCUCGCCUACGGAGCCCAUUCCGAAAACUGAAGAUGCAGCUGAGGAGCAAGUCUAG